AAUUUAUUAUUGUCGUGUCACGGUUAGGUGAACGUUACUGAACCGGGUGCGGAAUAUUACAUCGUAAAUAAAAUGGUGACUAAAAUCGAUUUAGUCGGUUAUGAAGAAUUUAAACGAUACGUCGAGACACUAGACUCAAAAGCUUCUAAGGCAAUUUUUUAUUUUAGUGGUACGAAAUUGGCUGACGGGACAAGUUGGUGUCCCGACUGUGUUGAAGCUGAACCUAUUGUGAAGACGUUUAUGAACGAACUGAAGAAGGAUUUGAUCUUUGGCUAUGUGGACGUCGGAGAUAGACCUUCUUGGAAGAGUGCCACCUGCCCAUUCAGAACGGACCCUCGGCUGAAGCUCAUGGUCAUCCCUACAAUCAUUGUCUGGAAGGGAGUCCAGAGACUCGAGGGUACCCAGUGCACCAAGGUGGACCUCCUGCAAAUGUUGGUUGAAGAUGAGGAAUAAUGAUGAAUUUACAACUUGUACAUAAUAACGAUUAUCUGUAAGUGGCAUUUUUCGCCUAAUAAAUCUUGAUAAUUAUUCA